ACUAAUACUAAAAUAUUAUUAACCAUGAAAACAAAUACCACUAAAACUUGAGGGACUAAAAACAAAUAAUUGAAAAGUUGCACAUAUUAGGAAUCUGACGGCGAUUUCGCUGCCGAGUUCUGGAGCGAUCUUUGAAGAUGCGACGGCGAGAAGAGAAGCGUCGGGAGUUUCACGAAGCUCUUCUUCAAACGCUUUAUCCUCCUUCAUCCCCACCUUCUCCUCCUUCCUCUUCUCCGUCUCCUGUAGAGGUUGUUGACGACGAACCAUUUGAUGUAACGCUCAUAAACCCAGAGGAUUACUUGAAAAUUAAUUCAUCCAUCAACGGAGAAGACAACGAAAUCGGAGGUGAAUCGGGGAAUGCAGAGAAACCGAGUCGAGCGCAGAGAAAGAGGCUAAGGAAGAAGUUGCUCAAAGAAGAAGCAGCUCGACGGAAGAAAGUUAUCGGACCUUUACUUCCGACAGAUGGUAGAAGAGUCUUCGUGGGAAAUGCAAGCGGGAGCAACGUUGAAGAGGAAGAUUCUGAUAGCGAAGAAGAAGAAGCUAGUGAAAGCAAAAAAACCUGCUCACAACCUGUUCGAGUAAAUGCCCCAGAGAAGAAACAAGAAAAAUUUGGUGACAAUGAUAAGACGAGAAAAGUCAAGAAGAGGAGAGAGGCUAAGAAACUGGCCAAAGAUACUUCUAAGCCAAAUUCAUAUCUCCAAAAUCCCUAAUUCUUUGAUCCUAAUUAUGGUUAAGAAUGUACCGAUCUUUUAUGUAAGAAACAACUAGUUUUUCUUUGAUAAUACAAGGGCAUAUUACUAAAUUUGUAAUUCUCGUUUCUAAGUUCCGUGAAAUCCCCUUUUUGCCCUUGUUAAGUGGAUUUAAGUUAACAUCGCCA